ACAUAAUCUUUCUUUCUUUUGUUGAAUUCAAUUCUCAAUCUGUCUGUGUACUCAGAAGAAAGAAGCAGAUAAUAAUUAUAACAACAACAACAACAAUCUUCUUUACAACCACACUUUUUCUUUCUCAGCUUCGUUAUCUCAUUUCCUUCGCAUUUGCUUUUUUGGGUGGUAGCAGCUUAGCUCAAACUCAGGCCCACCUUUUCAUUUCGGAUUUGGACAUUGAUUGCUUAGCUUGAGUUGGACUUAGAUGCCUUCAUAAAUUACAUGUCUGGCAUUUGAAUUGAGGUUUUAUACCAAGCUUUGAGUUGUCAAGAUUGGAGAAUUUUGAGUUUGUGCUUCUUAGAGAUUUCACUCUAAUUGUGACCACGUUUCAUGACGCGGAGUUGCUAUGAUGAAAUACAUGUAGAAGCAAGAUGAUUGAGCAAUUCAUCAAUUUCGUCAUUCGACCUCCCAGGGCGGACUAUAACCCAGAUCAGUAUCUGUGGGAAAAGGAAUUCUCCCUUGCUGGUAGAACCUACCAAAGGCAGGAUUUGGAGGCAAGUAUCAAGUAUCUAUUUGAUGGGUUUAUGCAAUUAUUAUUGUCUAUAUAUAGAAGCUACAUCAUGAUUACAAUUGUUUGCGUAUGUAAUGCUAUCUAUUUUAUAAUUGUGCAGCUCAAGAAUGACAGAGGCCAUACCUUGAAGUGUAGUCAUUAUCUCCCUUCUCCUUUUCCUGAAGAUACUUCUCUUCCUUGUGUUAUAUAUUGCCAUGGAAACAGUGGAUGCAGGGCAGAUGCCAAUGAGGCUGCUGUAAUUCUUCUGCCAUCAAAUAUUACUGUUUUUACCCUUGACUUCUCGGGGUCAGGCUUAUCUGAUGGAGACUAUGUUAGCCUUGGUUGGCAUGAAAAAGAUGAUCUGAAGAUUGUGGUGUCACAUUUGAGGAGCAACAAACAAAUAUCCCGUAUAGGUUUAUGGGGACGAUCAAUGGGUGCAGUUACUAGCCUUCUUUAUGGAGCUGAAGACCCUUCUAUUGCUGGAAUGGUAUUGGAUAGUGCCUUUUCAAACUUAUAUAAUCUCAUGAUGGAGCUCGUGGAUGUUUAUAAAAUUCGGCUUCCAAAGUUCACUGUUAAAAUGGCUGUACAGUACAUGAGGCGGGUUAUUGAGAAGAAGGCAAAGUUUGACAUUAUGAAACUGAACUGUGUUCUGGUUGCACCGAAGACAUUCAUUCCUGUCUUAUUUGGACAUGCAAGUGAUGACAAAUUCAUUCAGCCACACCACUCUGAUCUCAUCUCUGAAUCCUAUGCGGGUGAUAAAAAUAUCAUAAAAUUUGAUGGCGACCACAACUCUUCACGACCACAAUUCUUUUAUGAUUCAGUUUCCAUUUUCUUCUACAAUGUUCUCCGUCCUCCUCAAGUUUCUAUUGCUGAAAAGCUUGAGAAAUAUUAUGAUUUGGGUGAUUUGAAACUUGGUUCCGGUGUGGAUGAGAGCGUAUUAUAUGAGAUUCUCUCUAGUUUGCGGUCUGCAACUACUGAUGCUGCAAGUUCAUCUUCUGCAUUUCCAACGAUAUCUGCAACAAAAUCUGUUAACGAACUUCUUUCAGAAAUCGCUCCCCUGACUGAUGUAGAGCCCUUGUUCGAAGAAGAUAAUACGGAUGACAAUGAUGGAAUUGGCCAUGGCGACGCCACAGAUGUACAGGGCAAGCUAAAUGGCCAGAUUGAAGAUUGCUGCUCAUAUACAAGCUCAAAUAGAGAAAGUUGGGGCAGAUGUUCUUCUUUAGGAGGCAGUGAUCAAGAAUGCUGUGCAGAUUUAAGUGCUGAUGAUAAACACUCUCAGAAUACUGUGAAGGUGUUUGCAACACCUUUGCGAAGCAUGAAAGAGAAAUCAUCAGGCCCCCCAAAAGAAGACGAAAAGAAGCACAAGAAGAAUAAAAUGAAAAAGAAGGAUAAAGCUGAAAAAGUUGCAAAGAAACCAAAGAGUGACAGAUUUGAGAAGCUGGAGGCUCUCAGCAGACGCUUGCGGCUUUGCCUACUAAAGGGAUCAAUCCAUCGAAGAAACAAGUCAUCUUGACCUCUUUUGUAUCAUAGUCAAUCUAAUUGUAAUGUUCUUACAACACCGAUUUCGUGUGUAGGUUGUGAGUAGUGUAGUAUUAGGUUUAAAAUUUAUUUUAGGAAUUGGCAAAUAUUGGUUUCUGGUUGGAUUUGCUUUCACUGCUAUUAUGAUUAUUGACUGUGAACAUGA